UCACCCCAAAAGCCAAAAUCCACAGAGAGCUCCCCUUUCGUUGUCGCCCCUCUUUUACCUGAUUGUCUAGGUCUCGUCGCCGUCGAUUCUGAUCUCGCCGGAAAAUUAUGAAGCUUCCGGCGGCCAAUCGCUGUCCAUGUGACCGGAGCAACAUCACCUUGACGUUGUUGUCGUGCCGUCGCGUGUCUCCGAAACCCUAAACCGAAGCAACUUUUUGAGCUUGCAGAGCUUCGAAGCUAUUCCAUGCUUUGUUAGCGAAAUGGAGGAAAGUCGGAGGUCCUGAGAGAGCUCUGGUCUCCGAUCAUGCCGUUCGCAAUGAAAAUCCAGCCAAUCGGAUCACACGCGCCGCUACCGGAAGUGGCGAAUCGCUUUGAACCGCUGAAGCCGGCGGCCAAGUCACGGUUCAAGCGGCUCUUUGAGCGACAGUUCACGAGCGUGUUGAGAACAGCCACGUCGGCGGAGAAGGAGAAGGUCGGCGGCGGCGACGGCGAGUUCGAGCCGAGCUCAGUCUGCUUGGCGAAUAUGGUGCAGAACUUCAUGGAGGAGAGCAACGAGAAGCAAUCAGCGAGGUGCAGCCGGAACCGCUGUAAUUGCUUCAACGGCAACACCACCGACGACAGCUCCGACGACGAAUGGGAGCCUCUCGGUUUUGGUGACUCCAAUCUGGCUUCAUCUGGCGAAGCAUGUGAGCUUCUCAAGAGCUUGGUGUCGUGCCCCAGUCUGUGUGAAAGGAAUUUGCUAGCGGACACAGCUAGAAUCGUCGAGAAAAACAAGAUGUGCAAGCGUAAGGACGACAAUGGAAGACUGGUCGUUACUGAUCAUCUCUUAGCGCUCGGAUACGACGCUUCAGUCUGCAAAUCUCGUUGGGAAAAAUCACCUUCCUAUCCUUCUGGGGAGUAUGAGUACAUUGACGUGAUCGUGAAAGGGGAGAGGCUGCUAAUCGACAUUGAUUUCAGAUCGGAGUUUGAGAUUGCCCGGCCGACGAAGAGCUACAAGGCGAUUCUCCAGACACUUCCUUAUAUUUUUGUUGGGAAGCCCUAUAGGCUGAGGAGGAUCAUCGGCAUUGUUGCGGAGGCGGGGAAGCAGAGCUUGAAGAAGAAGGGAAUGCCCGUUCCACCGUGGAGGAAAGCAGAGUACAUCAAAGCCAAGUGGCUCUCUCCACACCCUAGGGCUACAGUCUCCAACAAUUCCUCACCGGAUUCCUUGCCCAAAAAGACCGAGUCCCAGUCUUUUGUCAAGUCUGUGGAGUUUGAACAGAGUCGUACUGAGUUGAUAAAGUUGGUGGAAUCUUGUGAGCAGGAAGAGUCUGUGUUUGAGUUGUCUGAGAGUGAUGAGGAGAUGGAGAAGGCGGUGAAGGAGUGGAAGCCGCUCGAGGUGAAGCCCAGGAGAGCAUCAGGGGUGAAGAUUGUGGCUGGUUUGGCUUCAGUCAUGGAAGAUGAAAAUGAGCCAUGAAAUUUUGAUCUUUCCUUUUUGACUAUUAGAUAA